AUCAUCAUCAGUCUUCAAGUAAAAACCCAGUAGGGUAGCCUGCACUGCAGUGCACGCAGCUGUUUUGACAGUUGUGCUCGCGUCUUGUCAAAUGGAGCAAUUUGUUCACUGUGUCCUACUGUUUUCCGGUGUCAUUCUGGCAUGUGUCGCAACCGCGAGCGCCGACUUCCCGCUGUUAAUGCCACAAGUACAGCCGACGCAGAAUGAAACCUACCUCUGCACCGGCUUUCAUGUUGCAUCAAGCAAGCAUCAAUAUAUCGUGGCCUUCAGGCCCAACGCCACGAAGCAUGUGGCCCACCACAUCCUGAUCUACGGUUGCGAGUCCCCGGGUUACCGUGAGUGGGAUACGCCGAGGGCCGUCUGGGACUGCGGGGAGAUGGCCACCUCCCACAGCAUGUUCCACAAGGGCCCCACCUGCAGGACGGGCUCGCAGAUCAUCUAUGCCUGGGCCAUGGACGCACCAGCCCUCAAGCUGCCGGAGGGAGUUGGGUUCAAAAUAGGUGGCAACAGUGGCAUCAACUAUCUUGUUCUACAGGUGCAUUAUGCUGAUACCACUGCGUUCCUCAAUGGACACAAGAGAGACAGCUCUGGCAUUGUGCUCUCCUUAGUUCCUGGUGACACCAAUCAGGUGAAGCGAAGAGCAGGAGUGUACGUUCUUGGCACGGGGGGAAUGAUCAGGGCACACACUAGAGAGAACUUUGAAUCGGCUUGUCGGAUCAACGAGAACUUGACGCUGUAUCCCUUUGCCUUCCGUACCCACACCCACAAGCUUGGCAAGGCUGUGACUGGCUACGUGGUUCGGAAAGGACGGUGGACGAACAUUGGAAAACACAGCCCUCAGGAACCUCAGAUGUUUUACCCUGCAAAGAAAGGUCUGAAGAUUGUCAAGGGAGAUGUGCUGGCUGCACGUUGUACCAUGCAAAACUUCAGGGACAGAGACACUUAUGUUGGCCCCACGGGUAACGACGAGAUGUGCAACUUUUACAUCAUGUACUACGUGGACGGAGACAGGAUCCUGAACGACAAGCAGUGCUUCUCCUACGGACCCCCCAUCUACUACUGGCACAGCGACCCGCUGCUGAGAGACGACCUCACUGCGAAGGUCAACGAGGACGCCAGCACCCUCGACUGAUGGAGCACUCCCGUCGUCCGACCCCCCGCACGCAGUCCCCUACCGUCCCUAGACCCAAACGUUUUUGUCGGACCCCACGAGUCCACCGGUUCGUCCUCCCGAGACAACCUGAACGCUCUUCGGGCGGAGCGACUUUCGACUUUUUUCAACUGUCGGUGAAACUGUCUUUUUUUUUUUUUUGUGUAGUUUCGGACUUUUAGAAGUCGGUUGCCCCGUGUUGUAAGAAUAUCAAAUGUAAUUUUUUAAUCCAUCUGUUUUGAAUGAGUGCCCAGAGGAUGCAGACAUGCCAGAGAGUGCAGUUAAGAAAGACUGGUUGUUGAGGAGUUAUGGUCGCUCAAGACGUACGAAACGCAGGGCGCGACCUGUCGCAGUCACGCUUCUUGUUUUGUGAUUGGUUCUUCGGCGUCCUUAUUGGCCAAAGCCUAAAUCUCGUUGGCUGCCGGGGAGUGAUACUAGAACGCUCGAAACUCCUUCUGCCCCACGUUCCUUAUGCUCUCGUGCGACUAGUGCGACGCAGUGUUAAAUGGGAGCGAUGCAGUUGGGUGGUCACAUUCCGGUUUGAGGAUUGUACGAGGCUGUAGUAAAGAUCGAUUCCUGCUCGGCAGUUCUUUUUCGUGCCUCCCCUCGAAAACGAUGAACAAAGUUUUUUUUUUUCAAGAGCGUGUCCUCAGUCUCUCGUCUAAACUGGUCUCUCUACACCUGGCGAUGUAGGGGCUUUUUAGCUGGUGAGGUUACAUCACUCGCUUGUUCCGUCUAUUCGGGUGCUGCCACACUGCUUUUAGAAAGAGCAUGAUGGUGGAAGUCGGUUUAUUUUCAUGUAGUUUUCCAGCCCCAAGUCGUGGAAAGAAAGAUUUCUUGGUGAAGUGCGCAAGCCACCGUUUACAAUUGUGCGCGGGUUUCUUUUCCUGACUUCAGUUACCAUGUCACUAACCUCUUUGUGAAACAGGCCAUUAGGUCACAUCAUGUGUUUCACAGGUACUUACACUGACCAAUUUUAGAAUUUAGCUAUUCUUGUUUUUGGUAUGAUGCUCGAAUGGAGAGGAUCAAAUGUAAACUGUGUUCAAGUAUACAUACUACUACAAUAAGGUAAUCAGUUGGCAAGCUUUUUUUAAAUUUAUUUAUGCUUGACCACUCCUGCUUGGUGUUGUACCGUGUCUACAGUUUUGAAGGGAGUUUGUUACAAAGUUUUCCCCUUUCCAUGAUCGGAAAGUACUCCAAUGAUUUUUGAUAAUCAAAACACUAGAACACAAACAUAUAUCUGUAUCAUAUGGGACAUUCACCAAUGCUGUACUAUGCUGUACUUUAGAAAAAAAAAAAGAAAUAACUUUUUUUUUUUAAUUGUUGGUGAUACUUUGUUUUAACUGGAACAAUGUGCAGAAGCGGUGCAUUCUCACCUUUUUAAAAGGGAGAAAGACUAAGGGUUUUCUUUGUUUUGUUUAUUUACAGCUAAACAUUCCACACUAGUCAACAGAUAUAUUUUAAGUCUCUUUUUAGUAUCUGAGAUGGGAGUGUAAAUUUUUCGUUUGAUCUUUUUGAAGUUUCUAUUUAUUGUUUUACAGAAAUAUGACUACCAAUUGGGGUUAUGGUUUUCACACGAAAGAUGUUUGUGCCGGCUUGUAAUGGCACAAACCUUCCCCACAUUUGUUUCCCUAGUGGGCACUUAGUAAUCAAACUGCAUAUCAAGGGUGCGGUGAUGUGAUGCUAUAUAUUUAUAUUGGUGCAACAUUGUUAAGACAUAGGCAGACAGAUAACAGAUUUAUCUACUUUUCAUUACAACUUUAAUUGUAUGUAAAUGUCUGAAAGGUCUGAAAUGAGAACAGGAUAUGGUGUACUGCACCUGCAUCCCUGACCUGCAGUUGCUGCAAAGGAUAAUCACCUACCACAGUAAAUAUAUUUGUGUUAAGGCGGACAAUCGUGUCCUUGUCUAUGGACCGUGUUAUCGAAUCAAGCUAUAGUGUGGAUCAAAUUUGAAAUACAUAAUAUACAGAAGAAAUUUUGAUGUACACUUUUUAGUGUGUCAAAUAAAAUGUUGGGGUGGA